AUGUCUGUGUCUGCACCUCCUGCUCGGGCUGAGGUUAUAGACCACAGAGAUCCCGUCUGUCCAGCUACUACACUCAGCACGAACAGGACAUGGGUGAGACUGAACCGCUAUGAAGCUGUCGAGAUGUCUGAGAUUGUAAACGAGAAAAACUUGCCGCCCCGCACCAAGCCGCCCCGCACCAAGCCGCCCCGCACCAAGCCGCCCCGCACCAAGCCGCCCCGCACCAAGCCGUCCCGAAUUAAGCCACCCCGCACCAAGCCGCCCCGCACCAAGCCGCCCCUCACCAAGCCGUCCCGAAUUAAGCCACCCCGCAUCAAGCCGCCCCGCAUCAAGCCGCCCCGCACCAAGCCGCCAUACAUCAAGCCACCCCGCACCACGCUGCCCCGCACCGUGCUGCCCCGCACCGUGCUGCCCCGCACCGCGCUGCCCCGCACCGCGCUGCCCCGCACCGCGCUGCCCCGCACCGCGCUGCCCCGCACCGCGCUGCCCCGCACCGCGCUGCCCCGCACCGCGCUGCCCCGCACCACGCUGCCCCGCACCACGCUGCCCCGCACCACGCUGCCCCGCACCACGCUAACCCGCACCACGCCGCCCCGCACCAAGCAGAUCUGCACCACACCGCCCCGCACCAAGCCGCACCACACCAUCCAGCUAAAUACCGGACAGAGGAGCGGCGACGCGGUACGGCACGGAGGCCCUGUCGCUGGUGAGGAGAUGGAGAUGGAGUCAAUAGUGCAAAGUGAAGUCGGUAAGUGA